GGUGGAUGCUAAAGGGCCACCUAGCGUUUCGCAAUGCUCGUCCACAACUGGACUGGUCCAGGCGUGGGCCCGCGGCGCGUCUCGCACCUGCAUCUGACAAGCCCAGAAAGGUGGAUGCUAAGGGCCACCCUGCGUUUCGCAAUGCUCGUCCACAGCUGGACUUGUCCAGACGUGGGCCCGCGGCGCGUCUCGCGCACGCUCCCUCCACAGAACAGCAGCCAGUACAACGGCCAUCUCCUCUACAAGGCACGGCUCCGCUCUUCGAGAAAGACUUGGGGCCCAUCAUUGCCCAAAGCAGAGGUGGCCAGGGCACAAGGCGUGCCAUCCGAGCACACCAUGCUCCUCCGACGCCUCAAGAUCUACCGCUUUGUCAAGCCCUUGCCUCCCUCUAGCAAGCAUAUUACUGAGUGUGCUCGGUGCUUUUCAAAUGUGGUACUCCGGUAUGGACUUUAAUUCAACACUUUUCAAUUUCGCAAAACGGUCGCCAAUAUCAACGCGUUUCAAAUUCGUGACACAUCGUUGUCGAAGCCUCGGAUUGCAAAACCCGUCUGAUCGGAUGCUGCACCUUUACCGGGGUACUGUGGGUGGACGAAAUCCUGCACCGC